UCUCCAUACCUAUUUAAAGCAUCAUUCAUGAUCGUCACCUGGCCAAGGGACAAUACAGUUCACUUUUUAGCGUAGUUAACGCUAUUUAAUAGAUCGCUUUCAAACAGCAUCGUCUCAGGGCUGAAAGAAGCUCAGCCUGAAUAUUGAUCGCCUAUUGAGACUGCGCUGCUCUUUCCAUUCUUUGUCAAUGUGGAUCUAUCGGUCUCUAUGCGUACACUGCCUCCCUCUGGCAGAUGAAUAACCAGCGGGGCCUUACGCGUCGCAGUCGCACGGCCAGAUAGUCCCCUGCGAGCGCGGCGCGUCCUCCGGCUCGCAGCAUGCCCUCCACCAGCCGGGCAGGGAGCCUGAAGGACCCCGAGAUCGCAGAGCUGUUCUUCAGGGAGGACCCCGAGAAGCUCUUCACAGACCUCCGUGAGAUCGGUCAUGGCAGCUUCGGCGCAGUGUAUUUUGCACGGGAUGUGCGGACCGCAGAGGUGGUGGCCAUCAAGAAGAUGUCCUACAGUGGGAAACAGUCUAAUGAGAAAUGGCAGGAUAUCAUUAAAGAAGUCAAGUUUCUCCAAAGAAUACAACACCCAAACAGCAUAGAGUAUAAAGGAUGCUACCUGCGGGAACACACAGCAUGGCUUGUCAUGGAGUACUGUUUGGGCUCUGCAUCUGACCUCCUUGAAGUUCACAAGAAGCCCCUUCAGGAAAUUGAGAUCGCAGCAAUUACCCAUGGUGCUUUGCGGGGUCUUGCAUACCUUCAUUCCCAUAACAUGAUUCACAGGGAUAUCAAAGCUGGGAACAUCCUGCUGACCGAGCCUGGACAAGUUAAACUGGCAGAUUUUGGUUCUGCCUCUAUUGCCUCUCCAGCAAACUCUUUUGUGGGGACACCAUAUUGGAUGGCCCCUGAGGUGAUUUUAGCCAUGGACGAGGGACAGUAUGAUGGAAAGGUUGACAUCUGGUCUCUUGGGAUCACCUGCAUAGAACUAGCGGAAAGGAAACCUCCUCUGUUUAACAUGAAUGCGAUGAGUGCCUUAUACCACAUAGCGCAGAAUGAGAGCCCUAUGCUACAGUCAAGUGAAUGGACGGAUUAUUUUAGAAAUUUUGUUGACUCUUGCCUUCAGAAAAUCCCCCAAGACAGACCACAUUCUGAGGAUCUGUUGCAGCAUGCCUUCGUCCUGCGAGAGAGGCCAGAAUCUGUUCUGAUAGACUUAAUUUUGCGGACAAAAGAUGCGGUCCGAGAGCUGGAUAACCUGCAGUACCGCAAGAUGAAGAAGAUCCUCUUUCAGGAGGCGCACAAUGGGCCGACCACUGAGACCCAGGAGGGAGAUGAGGAGCAAGAGCACGGUGCUGGUCGUACGGGCACAGUGAGCAGUGUGGGCAGUAAUCAGUCCAUUCCCAGCAUGUCAAUCAGUGCAAGUUCUCAGAGCAGCUCAGUGAACAGUAUUCCCGACGCUGCUGAUGACAAGAGUGACCUUGACCUGGAGAAAGACCACACUGUUAUGUCUAAUAGUUCGGUCAUACACCUGAAGCCUGAAGAAGAGGAAGUUUACCCUGAGGUUCCUGAAAUGCGCCCUCGUCCCUCAGAAGCCCAGCCGGCACCUGCACAGCCCCCGCAACGCAAACACCAUCGCAACCGUGAGCACUUUGCCACCAUCCGCACAGCCUCUUUGGUGACACGACAGAUGCAGGAACAUGAGCAGGACUCUGAGUUGAGGGAGCAGAUGUCCGGUUACAAGCGCAUGAGACGGCAGCACCAGAAGCACCUUAUGGCACUGGAAAACAAACUAAAAGCGGAGAUGGAUGAACACAGGCUGAGACUGGACAAAGAGCUGGAGGCCCAGAGGAACAGCUUUGCUGCUGAGAUGGAGAAACUUGUGAAGAAAAACCAAGCAUCCAUAGAGAAAGAUGCCAAAUCAUUUGCCAAUGAUGAGAAGAAAUUCCAACAGCACAUUCAAGCACAGCAAAAGAAAGAGCUUAGUAGCUUCCUGGAGUCACAGAAAAGAGAGUACAAGCUAAGAAAGGAACAACUGAAAGAGGAGCUAAAUGAGAACCAGUCCACCCCUAAGAAAGAGAAGCAGGAGUGGCUUUCGAAGCAGAAGGAGAACUUUCAGCACUACCAGGCAGAGGAGGAAGCCAACCUGCUCCGUCGACAGCGGCAGUACCUGGAGCUGGAAUGUCGGCGCUUUAAACGGCGAAUCCUCAUUGCAAAACACAAUGUAGAGCAAGACCUUGUACGGGAGGAGCUAAAUAAGCGCCAGACACAGAAAGAUCUGGAACAUGCCAUGCUGCUCCGCCAUCAUGAGUCCAUGCAGGAGCUAGAGGUGAGGCAGCUGGGCACCAUCCAGAAGAUGCGUACGGAGCUGAUCCGCUUGCAGCAUCAGACUGAACUCACCAACCAGCUAGAGUACAACAAACGCAGAGAGCGAGAGUUGCGCCGCAAACACGUCAUGGAGGUUCGGCAACAGCCCAAGAGCCUUAAGUCUAAAGAGCUGCAGAUCAAGAAACAGUUCCAGGACACGUGUAAAAUCCAGACACGGCAGUAUAAGGCCCUGCGCAACCACCUCCUGGAGACCACACCCAAGUCUGACCACAAGGCUGUGCUGAAGAGGCUGAAGGAGGAGCAGACCCGAAAAUUAGCCAUCCUUGCUGAGCAGUAUGACCAUUCCAUCAAUGACAUGCUCUCCACACAAGCUCUGCGACUGGACGAGGCACAGGAGGCCGAAUGUCAGGUGCUAAAGAUGCAGCUGCAGCAAGAGCUGGAGUUGCUAAAUGCUUAUCAGAGCAAGAUCAAGAUGCAGACGGAUGCACAGCAUGAUCGUGAGAGGAAAGAACUGGAGCAGAGGGUUUCACUGAGGAGGGCUCUUCUUGAGCAGAAGAUUGAAGAGGAAAUGGUUGCCCUGCAAAAUGAGCGCUCAGAAAGAAUCCGCAGUCUAUUAGAGAAGCAGGCCCGGGAGAUCGAGGCGUUUGACUCUGAAAGCAUGCGUCUGGGCUUCAGCAACAUGGUGCUCUCCAGCUUGGCGUCAUCCGACGGCCACAGCCACAGCUUUCCGGGGGCCCAGAGUAGCUGGGGCUCGCAGCAUGGUGCAGGCUCUCAGGGGUCACACUGGGGAGGGCACCAUAGCGGCAGCCAGCACGGCCACUACCACCACCACCACCACCACCCAAGCCACAGUGACUCUAUCCAGCAGCCUUGGGGUCACGGCCUGCCUUCAGGGGGGCCGCCUCCCUGGGGGCACCACGGGACUGGGGGCAGUCAGCGCUCGAGCGGUGGAAGUGGUGGGCUACGGAACAGUCCCCAGGCAGUACGGCGAGCCACCUCAGGGGGCCGCAGUGAGCAGGGGAUGAGCAGGAGUGCCAGCAUCGCCUCUCAGAUUUCCAAUGGCUCACACUUGUCCUACACGUAAGACCACCCGCUGCUCUCCCACAACACCCGUCUUGACCCAAAAUGCCAUAGGGGAAGGGACAAAGGGGCACCGUGGUCUUUUUUUGUUUUGUUUUUUUUGUUUUGUUUUUUUUCCCUUUUUUCCCCUUUUAUACCCAUUCCUUUAUUUCUAAUCCUCUGAAUACAUAUUUUAUAUACAUGGUAAGCACAAAAUGCAUCCAUUGUAGUUCAGGUUUUAAGAAUGUCAGUCAGAAGCGCACUUGAAACAUUCUGGCCAGUUGUAUCAAACUUCAGCUAGAAUCCAGAAUGACCGAAGUCAUUUUUGCAAUGAUGUGAACAAGUUUUGAAUUCAGAGAAAAUGCAUUGUGCAUUUUAGAGUAUGUAAAACUGAUUUGAAAAUGUUAGUGAGGGUGAGAAUGAAUUUAUGAAUGCUGUGCAUUACCUCUCACAGGUGAGAUUGUAUGUCUUUGUGCAGUGGGUUUUAUCAUGGUCUUAUUAGCAGCUGGUUUCGGUUAUAUAGAGUGGGAGACGAAUGCAUAUUGUUUGAGGCGAACAUUGAUUCUUAAUAAAACAGUUGCAGAAAUAUAUAUAUAUAUAUAUAUAUAUAUAUAUAUAUAUAUAUAUAUAUAUAUAUAUAUAUAUAUAUAUAUAUAUAUAUAUAAAUAUAAAUAUAAAUAGAUGGUAUAAGGGUUGGAUAGCAGAAUGUGAAAGAAUCGAGCUUUACAAUGCACUUGAUUUUGUCUAAUGUAGUCUUUUGUAAACAACAAGCACUACUUUUAAUGUAUUACUAAACAGUAUGCUCUUUUCGUGCCAGAACAAAUUUUAACUAUGAAAAGAUACUGUGAAAUUCCAAGAUUUUGCUAGAAUUAUUAUUUUGAUUAUUAUUUUUUUUUAUGUUGCCAUUGCCAUCCUUCCACAGGUCCAAAUAACCAAAAACUGUGUGGAGACCAGGAUGCCAUUUUGCUUUUAAAACUUUAAAAAUGUAGCCUAAAAUUCUGAUAGCAAGUGUAUGAACAGAUGUGUUCUAUUGCUGUAGGCCAAAAGGACAUAGAUGGUCAUAAGGUAGGUGAGCGAUAUAUUGCUAUAUUAAUGUGGAGGUACUUUAGAGGUCUUGAAAAGUAGGGGUGUCUUGAACUGAAUAUGUAGAAUGACACUUAAAACCAGGUUUUGCUGUGUAAAUGUACGUGAGUGUUAAAGCAUGUUGGCACGGUAAAAUGUCGCUCCUGAAUAACAGUAUGGCGAAAGCCGUUGAAGUACAUUAAUGUUCGUUGUAGUCUUUUGAUUUAGUGAUGCCAAAGUUAACAAUCGCAACUAUGCAAAAGGAUAACAGCCUUUCACAUUCAAGUCUUCUUUCACUGAGCUUAACAUCACAGUAAAGCACCUUACCAUCCUGUUCUACUCUUAGCUGAUCACUACAAUCACGUACGAGCAGAUCUCCUGGUCCUCGGGUGUCCCCUCCUCCUCUUUCUCAGGCUGGGUUCGACAAGAGCGUGUUGUGUGGAUUUUAGGAGUGGGGAGGUCUGGGUUGGGUAGGCUUGAGACCGCUGAAUGUUUUUGCUGUGCGGGCGGGCGGGUGGGUGCCGCUGCUGUCGUCCCUGCAAUGCCUUUGUUUCUUCCAUGCCCACCCCAGAGCUCCAGCGACUGCCGCCCACCCUCCAACUGAACACUUACCACAGCAUGUAGAAAAAAGUGAUUAAAAUGCAAUGGAAAAAAGGUCAGAUAGCAUAUAAAACAUUAUGGUGGAAGAGUAUACAGCCAGGAGACAGAUUUAAGUAAGAUGUAUAGGAAAACAUUUGUGUAUAUUGUAUAUUUAGAAAUUUAAAUAAAUGAAUAAAUGGAAAUCAAAUAUAAAGACCCAAGUUAAAACUAGACUAAAAUUUAAUUGCUUGAAUGUGAAGAUAAAAGAAAAAUAACUUGGUUUCUAAUAUUGAUUAUUUAAAAAGAGAAGAAAAAUCUAUAUAUAUACACAAAGCAUAUUCUCAGAGGUGUCAAGCAAAGCCCCCCCCCCAAAAAAAAAAUUGAUUUUAUUUCCCCUCAUACAGAGGAUAUCACUUUCCAUAGUCCUCUCUUUGCUUCUUGCUCUCCUUGCUUUCAAAGGUAUGAAUUACCAUAUUCACUAGUGCCAGUACUCAUGUUCUGUUAUCUGUGAACCAGCAGUGAACUUUCGUCUUCUCAAAGAUAAAUGGCAUGGGUUUUCUUUUUGUUUUGUUCAAAAAAGAGAUGCCAUCAUGCCUAUUUCAGAAUGGCUUCAAAACAUUCUUCUUCAAUGCUAUCUAUAGUAACUAGUACCAACUAUGAACACUAUUUUGGCACUAAGUUGCCUAUCUCACUCAGUCUGACUAGCUAAAACCAGUUGAGCCAAUACAGAGCCAAUCCUAAAGAUUUGGGCCAAAUGUAACAAAUUAACAUGAGAAUAUUGACCCAUAUUACAUGCCAUUCAUUUAAUCGCAUUCAGUACAAUGGAAUCACUGGACCAGAGGAAUAGCCAUAGACUCAAAAUGUGAGUUAACCCUCACAAUCAGGGCCAUGCAGUAUUUUACAAAAGAGAAAGGUGUGCCCUGUUAUAAGAGAAUAGCAUCCUUGUUUGAAUGACCCUUUUGACAAGUGUGAAAACAACAGGAUGAAUAAUAAUCAAGGAAGGUGAUACAUCUCUGUACAGUGCUUUAACCAGUAUUUCAUCCUUUUUGUUUUGAUGGUUGUUGUCUCGUUUUCCUGCUUCAACAUUUACCAUAGCAAUCCAUAUGUAACCUGUAUUAAAAUGUAUAGAUUGUGAAAAACUGAAUGUUGGAGAGAUUACAAAAAUUGUUAUGGCUAUUCAUAACAAAAACACUUACAAGUGAAUUAAAAUACACACAAAUUAUGAAAACUUAAGGGGACAAAUGUAAUGUUUUGUUUGUAAUUACUCCUUUUGUUGGCAGAGGGCUACUGGACAAAGAAAUCAACUGUAAUAAAGUAAUUUUAGUACA